GCUAAUAAAGUUUGGGUGUAGGCUUUUGAAAGUAGAAGAGUUAAAAUUUGAUAUGGGUUUCACGUUAAAGGUAGUAUGUAUUCAAGUUAAAAAAGACAGUAUUAAUUAAGGGAUGUGAUAUCAUGUUUGACAAAGUGUGGAGUGGAAGCUGAGGAAGAGGAGGCGGGAAACACAGCAGUGUUUUCUCUGAGACGGCAAACUUUCCAUCCCCCCCCUCUUUGUUUUUUUUUUCCUCGAUUAAUCUCUGAUUGGGAACCCAAACUCCUUCUGGUGUCAUGGGUAUUAAGGGUUUAACGAAGCUUCUGGCUGACAAUGCCCCAAAGGCCAUGAAAGAGCAGAAAUUCGAGAGCUUCUUCGGCCGCAAAAUCGCCAUAGAUGCCAGCAUGAGCAUCUACCAGUUCCUCAUUGUUGUUGGAAGAAGUGGGACUGAAAUGCUCACAAAUGAGGCUGGCGAAGUUACUAGUCAUUUGCAAGGAAUGUUUUCUCGGACAAUUAGGCUUCUGGAGGCUGGAUUGAAGCCUGUUUAUGUUUUUGAUGGGAAGCCUCCAGAUUUGAAAAAGCAAGAGCUUGCAAAACGUUUCUCAAGGAGGGCAGAUGCCACUGAGGAUUUGACAGAAGCCUUAGAGACUGGCAAUAAAGAAGAGAUUGAAAAAUUCAGUAAAAGAACAGUGAAGGUGACAAAGCAACACAACGAAGAUUGCAAAAAGCUUUUAAGACUGAUGGGAGUGCCUGUAAUUGAGGCUCCUUCUGAAGCAGAGGCACAGUGUGCUGCACUUUGCAAAUCAGGGAAGGUCUAUGCUGUGGCUUCUGAAGACAUGGAUUCCCUAACUUUUGGAGCUCCUAAAUUUCUUCGUCACUUAAUGGACCCUAGCUCAAGAAAAAUCCCAGUGAUGGAAUUUGAUAUUACAAAGAUUUUGGAGGAGCUGAAUCUUACCAUGGAUCAAUUCAUUGACCUGUGCAUUCUUUCAGGGUGUGAUUAUUGUGACAGCAUUCGAGGUAUUGGGGGGCAGACUGCAUUGAAGCUCAUCCGCCAACAUGGCUCCAUCGAGAAUAUAUUGGAGAACAUAAACAGAGAAAGGUACCAGAUACCUGAUGAUUGGCCAUAUCAAGAGGCUCGGCGCCUUUUUAAAGAACCCCAAGUCUUUUCUGAUGAUGAGCAACUUGACAUCAAGUGGAGUGCUCCAGAUGAAGAAGGGUUGAUAACCUUUCUGGUGAAUGAAAAUGGAUUCAACAGUGACAGAGUAACAAAGGCAAUAGAAAAAAUCAAAACAGCCAAGAAUAAAUCAUCACAGGGCCGAUUAGAAUCAUUCUUUAAACCAGUCGUUAGCUCAUCAAUACCCAUCAAGCGUAAGGAAAGCAAAUGCAUGCUUGGAUCUCCAAAACCAAUAAUCAAGCAUAAAAUUUUCACUCAGCAAGUUUGUAUUCAGUCCCGGCGAUAUAUCAUUGGCAGCUCAAGCAUGCCAACUUUAGGUCUGGGUUCCAAGCACUCCACGCCAUUAUUCAGAGGUGUCUGCUUUGGAGCAUGAAGUUGGAAACUCUGGUGAACAUUCAAAGUGCAUCUGUGCUUAUUCUCUACUCAAUUCAUGUGGCAACACAUUGGUCAUUAUUGCAGUAACUUCAUGAAAGAAUUUGUAGUGUUAUUCCUGUUAUUGUGUCAGUGCACAAUGCUGGCCAUCUAUGAAACAAUAUUCCUCUUUUGGACUCGGUAUUGAUUGGCUAAUAUAAGAUAUAAAACAUUUUAACUAAGCAUGACAAAGGUGGAGCUACUACAGCCAUAACAAAUCCAAAUACCAAAAAGGUUGCCUAGUGAACGUUUUGUCUGUAAAACCUCUUUACCUUUCUUUUGCUUCAGGAGAUUAGUUGAUAGUUGAUACUGGAACUUGUGUGGCCAUUUUUGUUGUGGAGAUUGUUAAUUUACUCAGUUCUGUCAGCACUAUAAUUCAAAAAUUAUUUCAAACUAUAGUUUUGGAAAUUUUAAUGCAGGUUUCUAAGUUGGAUAUACAGUUCUAAAGAGGAUCUGUGUCUAUGUUGGACACUUUGUCAUACAAGAACCUCCUCUUCUAUGUUUUGAUGCAUUUUUUAGACACAAAUCUCUUUGUCAGAUGAUUAUUUUUAUUUUUAUUUUUUUGAAAUCUAAUGAAGGCAAACUUGCAGUUGAUUCUGGUCAAAUGCAGUGGACAAGUUGGUACAUGGCUCAGCUGUUCUAAUAUAGAGAAAGAAUGAAAUUAUAAAGAAAAAUGAGGAUGGGGGAGAAGAAUGAAUUAAUGUUUCACCCAUAAUUCUACAUGAGAUAUAAAUUUAUAGAUUUUAAUGAUUCAUUCAUUCAUUUAAUUGCUGAUGGUUCUUUCUGUCCCAUGCCUUUUUUUUCUUUUAAAUAAAGAUUAGUUCUCUGGGUUGGCUUGUAUGUCUAUCGGUGUUUCUGGAUAUGAUUUCUUCUCCUGAAUAUUCUUGUCUGUGCACCUAUCUGACAGGAAACAGAGGACAAGGCUGCAAAGGAAACUACUAACAAAAA